AUGUAUACUGACACUAUCUAUCUUCCCACUUUCCCAUUUUCUCACUCAUGUUUACUUUUACCACAAGAUGAUAUGAUACCAACAUCAAUUUUAAAACAAUCAUCUCAAUAUACUCUUUUAUUUGUAUCCCAACAAUUCUCAAAAAACAUAUAUAUCAUUGUUAAUCACAUAUACAUACAACUUUCGAAACAUCAUCAUUUCUAUUUUAAUUCUCAGGAAGCAUAUUUUAUAUUAAACAAUCCAACUUUUAAAUCGCUCAGCUCUUUAAACAUUGAAAAUAGACACGCUGUGACCUUUUUUUCACAUCAAAAUCAAACCGUAUGCGCAUCCAAACAACCAAUUUUAGAAAAAUACAAACUAAUAUCAUCAUCAUCAUCAUCACCAGCAGCAAUAACAAGAAAAUAA